UGACAGCUCGGGGCGCCCUCUGAUGUCCGCGGGAGGCGCUGCGUCCGGGGGACUCUUUGCUAUCACUUUCGAUCUCGGAUCUGAGGUUUCCGUGGAAGCGCUUCGUGGGAAGGGGCGGCUAUGGACCAUCGCGGGGUAACGAAGAUCAGCACCGGGACGACCAUCAUGGCUGUGGAGUUUGAUGGCGGGGUCGUCCUGGGCUCUGACUCCCGAGUUUCUGCAGGGGAAUCGGUGGUCAACUGCUUCUUCAACAAGCUAGAGCCCCUGCAUGACCGGAUUUACUGUGCCCUCUCCGGCUCCGCGGCUGAUGCUCAGGCCAUGGUUGAUCUGAUCAAUUACCAGCUGGAGCUCCACAGCCUGGAGACCGAGAUGCCCCCGCGGGUCCUGGCUGCAGCCACGCUGGUGAAAGGCCUCAGCUACAAGCACCCGGAGCUCUCGGCCCACCUCCUGGUGGCUGGAUGGGACCCCCAGAAUGGCGGGCAGGUCUACGGUACGUUGGGAGGAAUGUUGAACCGACAGCCCGUUUCCAUCGGAGGGUCAGGAAGCACCUUCAUUUACGGCUAUGUGGAUUCUGCCUACAAACCUGGGAUGAGUCGUGAGGAAUGUCGUCAGUUCACCAAAAACGCUAUUGCCUUGGCGAUGGUCCGGGAUGGUUCCAGUGGGGGCGUCAUCUACCUCGUCACCAUUACCAAAGACGGCGUCAAGGAAGAAGUUGUUUUAGGAGAUGAUAUCCCCAAAUUUUACGAUGAAUGAAUUUCCUUCUCAACCUUCUCCCCCUCUCUCCGUUUUUUAAAGUAUUAAAGGUUAAGUAGAAA